AUGCAUCACAAACAGCCGGAGAAACCCCACAAGGAGGAAGAGGAGGAUGAGGAAGAGGAGGAUGAAGACCUGGAGGAGGACAGCAGUCUCAAAGACAAAUACGAGAUGAUUACCAUGAGUUAGAGAGAUCCAUUCAGUUACAAGGGCUAUAAAAACAAAUGGCUGGGUCAGAUCACUGGUACUGUAACGUCAAUCAGGAGAGUAAUGCCAUGUGGGGAGACACACACACACACACACACACACAUACACACAUACACACAGAUCAAGGACAGGCUUGCUCUCUCAGUGUGCUAUGGUGAAACCCUGUGGUAGAGUGAGUUGAAGGGUUAUAGCCUUUUAUUACAUGUCAUAGCCUUUAGUAACGAGACCUGUUUGCUACGUAUGAGUGACUGAUCACAGUGCAAGGCCUUUUAGCCCGCUGCUGAUAGGGGCUCCGAUAGUUAAGCUACACGGAGAAACAGUGUAGAACAGGUUAUUGAAUAGAUGUCGUCUGGAGAAACAGUGUAGAACAGGUUAUUGAAUAGAUGUCGUCUGGAGAAACAGUGUAGAACAGGUUAUUGAAUAGAUGUCGUCUGGAGAAACAGUGUAGAACAGGUUAUUGAAUAGAUGUCGUCUGGAGAAACACUAUAGAACAGGUUAUUGAAUAGUUGUCGUCUGGAGAAACACUAUAGAACAGGUUAUUGAAUAGAUGUCGUCUGGAGAAACAGUGUAGAACAGGUUAUUGAAUAGAUGUCGUCUGGAGAAACACUAUAGAACAGGUUAUUGAAUAGUUGUCGUCUGGAGAAACACUAUAGAACAGGUUAUUGAAUAGAUGUCGUCUGGAGAAACAGUGUAGAACAGGUUAUUGAAUAGAUGUCGUCUGGAGAAACAGUGUAGAACAAGUUAUUGAAUAGAUGUCGUCUGGAGAAACAGUGUAGAACAGGUUAUUGAAUAGAUGUCGUCUGGAGAAACACUAUAGAACAGGUUAUUGAAUAGUUGUCGUCUGGAGAAACACUAUAGAACAGGUUAUUGAAUAGAUGUCGUCUGGAGAAACAGUGUAGAACAGGUUAUUGAAUAGAUGUCGUCUGGAGAAACACUAUAGAACAGGUUAUUGAAUAGUUGUCGUCUGGAGAAACACUAUAGAACAGGUUAUUGAAUAGAUGUCGUCUGGAGAAACAGUGUAGAACAGGUUAUUGAAUAGUUGUCGUCUGGAGAAACACUAUAGAACAGGUUAUUGAAUAGUUGUCCUCUGGAGAAACACUAUAGAACAGGUUAUUGAAUAGAUGUCGUCUGGAGAAACAGUGUAGAACAGGUUAUUGAAUAGUUGUCGUCUGGAGAAACAGUGUAGAACAGGUUAUUGAAUAGAUGUCGUCUGGAGAAACAGUGUAGAACAGGUUAUUGAAUAGAUGUCGUCUGGAGAAACAGUGUAGAACAGGUUAUUGAAUAGUUGUCGUCUGGAGAAACAGUGUAGAACAGGUUAUUGAAUAGAUGUCGUCUGGAGAAACACUGAACAGGUUAUUGAAUAGUAGCCCACGGUUCAUCCAGUAACUUGUUUCUAGCUAAAGAUACAGAAUGGUUAGUUCUUAAUGAUGUGUUAUACAGUGUGCAGCAAUCCGUAACAAGAUUGGAAAAGAGCCCUUGUUAUAUUAUGUAUGUAAUAUUCCAUUUGGACUAUACCGCUGUCAGUUUGAUAUAAAUUAUAAUUUGUUUAAAAUAAGAGGUUCAUGCAAACAAUUAACCCAGGCACAUAUUAUGUUAUUUGGUUGUUGUAGUAAUGUUUGUAGCUUCAAGAGGCUUAGAUUGAUCACAAUUCUGACCAUACACUUCAUACUCUGCACAUUGAAAGAUACCAUUUAUGUAUUCAAGGAAAACUGGAGAAAUUCCAAAACCUAACGACUGUUAGGAUUUACAAUUCAUGAAUUGCAUGUAUGGCGGUUAAAAAGUUUGUCGCCAUUGUAUAAUUAAGCAAUAAGGCCCGAGGGGGUGUGGUAUAUGGGCAAUAUACCACGGCUAAGGGCUGUUCUUAAGCACGAUGCAACGCGGAGUGCCUGGAUACAGCCCUUAGCCGUGGUAUAUUGGCCAUAUACCACAAACCCCCGAGGUGCCUUAUUGCUAUUAUAAACUGGUUACCAACGUAAUUAGAACAGUAAAAAUAAAUGUUUUGUCAUACCUGUGGUAUACGGUCUGAUAUACCACGGCUGUCAGCCAAUCAGCAUUCAGGGCUGGAACCACCCAGUUUAUAAUAUGAUAUUAUUGUCUGUUUACUUGUGCUUUCGUUCUGUUUUUCAUUUUGUAUUGUUGUCUUGUAAAUACAAUCCAGACUACUUCAACGUAACAAAUAUAUUCCUGUCUGUGUAAACAAAUAUUGUUACUUGGUUUGCAUGAUAAAAAAAUAAAAUAAAAUAUGUCUUGUUUUUUAUUAGAGUUAUCAUCUUUGGGCAUUGACACGACAACAACCACAGGAGUUAAACAGAUAUGGAACCAGGCUCAGCGCAAAGCACACACUGAUAAGUUUGUUGGUGGACAACUCGUUGCUUAGUUGCAUGACGCCAUCGCGUUUGGCCAUUCAUUUAACUAGGGAGACUCACAAAGGCUUCUGUUCUGCAAUGUGAGUGAAUAAAAACCACCAAUGACUGGCUGCUUUUAACGCAACUGCAAAUAAAUAGGAUAUUAUUCAAAAGACCACCGUGACAAGUGGUGAGUAAGAAUUGCAAUUUGUGAAGCCAUUGAAUCAUAAAGGCUUGUAUCACUGUAUCAUGCAAUUAAUGUAUCUAGCUCUCCAUUGCAUCCCUUUGUUCAUAGAUUGACUAGAGGAACGUCUGGGUUUGACCUGAGCAUCACAAGUCAAAGCUGCACCUGGAAGCUCCUCAGCUCCACAACAGAACAAUGAGAGUCCUCAAUCUCGAACACAGCAUUCCCAAGACAAAACACUUUCUUGCUGUAAGAGGGCCUUCCUGUCAUCCUGUGAAGAUCCAUCCUCUCUCCAGCGCCAGUACUGUUGUCUGUUCAACCUCGGGGGGGCAGUCUACGUGGCGGUAGGUAAACCCCAGAAAGGACUGAAGUGUGUGUGUGUGUGUAUCUCUCUGUGUGUGUGUGUGUGUGUGUGUAUCUCUGUGCAGCACGGCAGACUACUGGUGGUGGGUCCCCGUGGCGGGGCCGAUGCUAGGGGGCGUUGUCGGGGCCCUGGUCUACUUCCUGUUUAUCGAGAUGCAUCACAAACUGCCGGAGAAACCCCACGAGGAGGAAGAUGAGGAUGAGGAAGAGGAGGAUGAAGACCUGGGAGGAGGACAGCAGUCCCAAAGACAAAUACCAUGA